UUUUCUUGUUUUCAGAAACAAGACACUGGACAGAUUUUGUUGGAUAUGACCUAUAACCAGUUGGGUGUGAUGGAGAAGGAAUAUUUUGGUUUACAGCAAAAUGAAACUUCAGUAGACUCACCUCGAUGGCUUGAACCAAACAAACCUAUUAGAAAACAGUUAAAAGGAGGUUUUCCCUGCACCCUUCGUUUUCGUGUAAGGUUUUUUAUACCUGAUCCUAACACACUUCAGCAAGAACAAACCAGGCACUUGUUCUUCCUGCAGUUGAAGACUGAUAUUGUGGAAGGAAGGUUGUCAUGCCCCAUUAAUUCUGCUGUUGUCCUGGCAUCAUAUGCAGUACAAUCACAACUUGGAGACUAUAACGCUUCAGUACAUCAUUCAGGAUACCUGUCAAAUUACAACUUUAUACCAGAGCAGAACAAAGAUUUUCUUACCAAAGUAGAAUCACUACAUGAGCAACACAGUGGCCUCAAGCAAUCUGAAGCAGAGUCCUGCUACAUAAAUAUAGCACGAACACUUGAAUUCUAUGGAGUGGAAUUGCACAGUGGUAGAGAUCUCCAUAACCUAGAUCUCAUGAUUGGGAUUGCAUCUGGUGGAAUUGCUGUAUAUAGAAAACUCAUCUGUACAAGCUUCUAUCCCUGGGUGAACAUAUUAAAAAUAUCCUUUAAAAGGAAAAAGUUUUUUAUACAACAACGGCAAAAACAUAAUGAAUCCAGAGAGCAUAUUGUUGCCUUCAACAUGUUAAAUUACAGAGCAUGCAAAAAUCUAUGGAAAUCUUGUGUAGAGCAUCACACGUUUUUUCAGGCAAAGUCGUCACUACCUCAUGAAAAAAAGAUAUUGUCACAUUACUGGACAAUGGGUUCUAGAAAUCCAGCCAAGUCUGUAAACAGCCAGUACUGCAGAAAAGUUAUAGGUGGGAUGGUUUGGAACCCCUCUAUGAGACGAUCUCUAUCUGUUGAGCAUCUAGAGACCAAAAGCCUUCCAUCUCGAUCACCUCCUGUUACCCCUAAUUGGCGGAGUCCUAGACUACGUCAUGAAAUUCGUAAACCACGACACUCAUCUGUAGAUAACCUUACAAAUGAGAUUAGUUAUAUUACUGAAACAGAGGAUGUUUUUUAUACAUAUAAGGGCUCUCCAACAUCAAAGGACAGUGAUUCAGAGUUCUCUCAGAACCGUAGUCCACAGAGGAGGUCAUCUGAACAAGAAUCACCAAAGAAUGUAUUGGGAAACAGUCCAACGCAGAGUUCUCUGACCCGUACCUCACCUAAAGCCUUGGCUUCCUCUCCCAAUGGAGUUGGUAACGUUUCUGGCCCUUACCCACUGGAAGGGGUUGAUAAACAGUUCUUAGAAACAUAUGACAACGUUAUAAAAAGUAGCUCGACAGAAGAUUCCAGUCAGUACUACUGUGAUAAGAAUGACCUAAUUGAGGGAGAUUUACUUUUGGUGCGUAUCAUACCAGAUGAAGACGGGAAGUUUGGAUUUAAUCUAAAGGGUGGUGUAGAUCAAAAAAUGCCAUUAGUGGUUUCAAGAAUAACUCCAGGAUCACCUGCUGAUAAAUGCAUUCCAAAACUGAAUGAAGGUGAUCAGAUAGUAUUAAUUAAUGGCCGAGAUAUCUCAGAGCACACGCAUGACCAGGUGGUCAUGUUCAUAAAAGCCAGCAGAGAAUCUCACACGAGAGAGCUUGCACUUUUGGUCAGGCGGAAAGUAGUUAAACACUUUGUGGAGCCUAAAUCAGAAGACGAAGCUGAUUCUCACAAUAUCCCAGAAUCUCUUCUUCCUAUCUAUUCCGAAUAUGGUGGUGAUACACUGGAGGAGUCUAUGGAGCAGCUAAGGAAAGGGCUGGAAAGUGGGGCCGUCCUUAUUCAGUUUGAGCAACUUUAUAGAAAGAAACCAGGAUUGGCUGUUACAUGUGCAAAGGUACCUCAGAAUAUGGACAAGAAUAGAUACAAAGAUGUUCUACCUUAUGAUGCCACAAGGAUAGUAUUGCAAGGAGCUGAAGAUUACAUUAAUGCAAAUUAUGUGAAUAUGGAAAUUCCUUCUGUGGGCAUUGUGAACAGGUACAUUGCUACUCAGGGGCCUCUUCCACACACAUGUGUGCACUUCUGGCAAGUAGUCUGGGAUCACAAGUUGUCACUGAUCAUCAUGUUAACAACUCUCACUGAACGAGGACGG